AUGAACAUCCCGCUGCUCAUGUUCUUCCAGGCGCAGAGCAGGAUCUGGGCCGUGGCGGCCAUCUCCGGCGCGGCCCUGGGCGUGCACGCGGUCCUCACCUACGUCGCCGUCAGCAGGCUCGGGUACGGCCUGCCCGGGGCCGCCGUCGCCGGGGACGUCUCCCACUGGCUCGUCGUCGCCGCGCAGUUCGCCUACAUGACGACGGGCAGCCGAUUCACCGACGCGUGGAAGGGAUUCAGCGUGCGCGCGUUCAACAACCUCGGCGAUUUCGUCAAGCUGUCGCUCGGGUCGGCCGUCAUGAUCUGCUUGGAGUUUUGGUACUACACGACACUUCUCAUUCUCGUGGGUCUCCUCCGACAGCCCAAACUCCAAAUCGAUAUCAUGUCUAUCCGCCUCAACUUCGAGUUCAUGACUGUGAUGGUCGCACUGGGCUUCAGCACAGCAAUCGGCAUUAGGGUGUCCAACGAGCUGGGUGCAAACAGGCCCAAGGAGACAAAGAUCGCAGUGCUUGUAGCGGUAUCGACAUCCAUCGUCAUGGGAGCAAUCUUCAUGGGCGUCGUCCUCAUUUGGAGGACAAGCCUGCCGAAACUCUUCAGCGACAGCGAGGAGGUGAUACAUGGGGCUUCCAAGCUGGGGCAUCUCCUCGCUCUCACCGUUUGCAUGAGCAGCAUCUGGCAUGUACUAUCAGGCGUGGCAGUAGGAGCUGGGUGGCAAGUGCCUGUGGCAUUCAUAAACGUCGGUUGCUACUACCUAGUGGGCAUUCCAAUGGGCAUCCUGUUUGGCUUCAAGCUAAAACAUGGCACAAUGGGCAUAUGGAUGGGCAUGUUGGCAGGCACGUUUCUCCAAAUGGCUAUACUUCUUACCGUUAUCCUCACAACAAACUGGGAUAAACAGGCCGCGCUAACAGAAGUGAGAAUGGCGGAAUGGCGAGGAAAGGAGAACCUACCACUGAUGAAAUCUCCACAUACAGAUGAUCAGAUGACACCUGCUAAAGAGAAAAUGUUGGCGCAGGACAGCAAGAAAAACGUAGACUUAUUGCGCACAGAAUGA